AUGGUAUUGUUUGGACAUCAUCCAUCGGCGCUGUCGCAGGUGCUGCUCGUGUCGUUCACUUGUUUCUGCUGCCCUGGCCUGUUCAACGCCCUCAGCUCUGUGGCCGCAGGCGUGUCUGACGAAACCAUCGCGUACAACGCCACGGCGGUCCUGUACGCUUGCUUUUCCGUGGCCGGGCUGUUCGCGGGGGGUAUUGUCAACGUGAUCGGGCCCAAGUGGACUCUGUUUAUCGGGACGUGGGGCUACGUUAUGUAUUCGUCUUCGUUGCUCGUCAUGGACAAGAACUUGGACGUCGACACAAAGACGUACUCGGACGGCGCGACCAACUUCUUUUAUGCGGCUAAUGCGAUUCUGGGCGUGUGCGCGGGAUUCCUCUGGACUGCCCAAGGCCAAAUGUGCAUGGCGUACCCGACCGUGGAGACCAAGGGCACAUACUUUUCCUACUUUUGGAUCAUCUUCAACCUCGGGGGAACCUUGGGGGGACUCAUUACGUUCGGAACCAACUUUGACAACAACGGUGGCGUGUCAGCUUCCACAGCCACAUACGUUGUGUUUCUCGUGCUCAUGUCACUGGGUGCGUUCUCGGCUUUGUUUCUGGCCAAUCCAGACAAUGUCGUGCGCAACGACGGGUCGAGGGUGACAGUGGAGCACUUGCCCAACCCCGCGACUGAAGUUCUCGAAACGUUCAAGCUGUUCCUGGACCCCAAGAUGCUCCUCCUCUUCCCCCUCUUUGCCUACUCCAACUGGUUUUACAACUACCACACGUUCUUCAACUCGUCCAUUUUCAACAGUCGCACGGGCGGGUUUGCGUCGGCGUUCUACUGGGGCGCCCAGAUGCUUGGGGCGUACGUCAUCGGCGUGUACCUGGACCGCCCCGGCAACAAAAAGGCCAAAGCGCUGCAGUCCAUCCUCGUCUUGACUGUGCUCAUCUUUAUCAUGUGGGGCGUCGGGCUGUACGCGCAGCUCGACUUGGACUUGGGCCUGAAGGACAAGAAGAAGAACCUAGACUUGACCGACGGCCCGUUCGUGAUCAAGUUUCUGCUCUACUUUUUCUACGGAUUCAACGACUCGAUCUGCCAGAUCUGGGCGUAUUGGCUCAUGGGUCAGUUCUCCGACAACAUGGCGACCCUGGGCCGGUAUGCCGGCUACUACAAGGCCGUCCAGUCGGGCAUGGCGGCCGUGGCGUGGCGUCUGGGGGGCAUCCCCAUCACCCCUGUAGCCAACGUCAUCGUCAACUGGGUCCUCGCAACCGUUGGAAUCGUGGGGGCGUACCUGUCGGUCCGGAUUUACAUGGUCAACUCCCCCGCCUCUGGGGACUUCGAGGGCGCCGAGACCCCCGACCCAACAAAGAAAGAAACGGUGUCGCAGUAG